AGUGAAGUGUGCAAAAUCUGAUAGUGAAUGCCGCUGGUUCCCUGCCUGCUGUGCUGCCCUACAAGCAGCAACGGCUCGUUGGAUCCAGUCGAGCGCAGCGAUGAGAGCAAACCGGAGAAUGAAAGAGAAAUCAGAGACGAGAAGAAGCCGAAUGGACUCAGCAACGGCGUCGAGUCCGAUGCUGAAUCUGCCUUGAUAGUGGAUGAACAAGCAGAGCCCAGUGGACAUUAUGAACAGGGAGAAGGAAUAAGGCAACACUUGAUUGACUCGCACGCGAAGUUCGUCGCUAAAGCAUUUCUUUACCCGGAUCUGUCAUGUUCGAUUCAUUAUUGGUUGAUGGCAUGUGUCGAAUAUGGAACUCCUCCAAACGAUCCGAUGAUCAGUCAAAUCUGCGCCACAGCUGAAAAUGACGUUUUGACGGCUACAGAUACGAGCCCGGAUGAUGAUUCAAGCAAUGCAUCCACCUCAGCUGAUCCGCUGGACUUUGCCUCUUUGCUGACAGUGUUUAUUAACAAUGGCAAUCAACUCUUGAAUGGGACCAAGCCCAGAGGUGACGCGAGAUCAAAUAGGAAACGAAGUGGUGGUUCACAUGAAAACACCGGCGCUAAACGUCGCAAUGGUUUCCAAGAAAAUGUGCCUUUAGAGCUUAAUGAUGAUUUGUCCGCUAUCGAUCCUCACCUUUUUUGCGAAAAUGGUGAAGAAGCAAGCGUUAGUGGUGGUCUAGUGGAUAGUAAAGCGAAAAAUAAGGUUACGUGCGUGGUGUGCAAAGUAGAAGUAUGUAAUACAGCACGACAACGGCAUGUAUUCAUGGUGCAUGUGAAAAAGGACGAUAUGUACCAAUGCCCAGAGUGUGACUACUUGAAUUCGAACUCGGUUUGGGAGGCGAAAAAGCACUGCACGAGUCAGCAUGGGAAGGGAGUGGAACCGAUCAGCAACGAGGAGAAUUACAAGUCGCUCAUAUUGAUGUGGAACAAACGCUGUUUCCCGGAAUGGAAGCAAAAACGGCCACAGUGGUGGUCUUCUGAUGAGAACUCGAAUGGAUUAAUUGGAUAUAAGGACUAUAAAGACGUGAAGAUGGAUAAUGAUGAGGUUACAGCGAUGAUUAGGGAAGCCAUACUUAGCAGAGAACCGGGUGACUCCAUUAUCCGCGACGAAGAUCGUGACGACUCAGAGCCACGGACACCAGCACCUGAAGGCUUACAAGUGGAUGACAGGACUUGCCAUCUUUGCUGGGAGGAGAGCAGAUAUCCUGGGCGGCACAUUGCACAAAAGCAUCUGAAAAAGCCUUUAUACGAGUGUCCUGUUUGUGAGGGAUUUGGCAGCUAUGAAGGAUGCACGGUGAUGAAACAUAUCCACAAGGUUCAUCCUGAUUGUCCAGACGCGCAGCCGGUCAGCAACUUGGAAAGAUAUGCUGAUGAGAUUCGUGAUCUACAAAAUCGUUGCUUCCCUAAUCGACCAAUGAAACUCGUCCGACCAAAGGAGAGUACGCGUCCAAGAGAAAGACAUCAUUGCAAGAUGUGUGGCACCCAAGUAGCUCAGUCGGAUCGGCAACGGCAUGUGUAUCAUAGGCAUCUGCAAAGAACUCGUAUUUUUGAGUGCCCAUUAUGCAACUUUGCAUCAAAUUAUGACGUCCAUAGGGUAAAGUGGCACAUAAAAUGGAUGCAUAAAGAUGACAAAGAGCUGGAGCCAAUAUCCCAUGAGAAUGAGUAUAGGAAAGAGAUAGAUCAGUUGAAUGAGGAGUGCUUCCCUGGAUGGCAACACCGUCGAAAACCCUUUUGGUGGCUUGACAACGAUGAUAAAAAGUCAGAGGCUGCUGACGAGACUAAGCAUGAAGAGAUGGAUCUGGAUGAGGAUACGACUGAAAAUGGUUCAAGUCGAGUGAAAGAAGGAACACCGAGCUCAACUGGAAAUGAUAUGGAUGACUCGACUUGUUGCGAAUCUCCUGAAGGUAGCGUUGCAGACAAGGAUCAUGUGGGACAACCCAUGAAGCGCGUUAGCGAAUGGACUUGCCGUCUUUGCUUGAAAGAGUUCAAGCCAACGUCGAAUUUCCUUCGACAUGUAGCCAAAGACCAUCUCGACAUGCCACUUUUUCAAUGUGCUAUGUGUGAAUGGGGCGCUGCUGAUGCUUACGAAGUGAAGGCACAUAUGGUCAAAAAUCACAAUAAUGCCGACCUCGAUCCUAUCUCCAAUUUGGAACACAAUCCAGAACAUGUCCAGCAGCGAUUUUCUGAAUGUUUUCCUUCUAGGAAGAUGAAGCCAGGCACUUUCGACAAGAAGAAAGAGUCAACAAUGUUGAAUGAUGAGACAAAAGUGACCUGCCAAGAAUGCUUUCAGGAAAUGAAAACUGAGGAUCGUCAGAUACAUGUCUAUCGACACCAUCUCAAAGAGCCGAGACUCUAUGAAUGCCCGCUUUGCGAUUUUUCACAUCAUGCAUGUUCCAGUGACGUUCGCGCACAUAUAAAGUUUACCCAUCGCGACAAUGCUGAUGUCUUACCGCGAGCCAAUUUGCUGCAGUACUCGCAACAAAUUGCUGAAUGGAAUGAUCGAUGUUUUCCGGGAUGGAUAAAUAGGAAGCUGCCAGCUAGUGUGAUGGAAGAUUUCAACAGAUGUCGACUAUGUGACGAAGACGUACGGCAGACGUCACGGCACAUUGCUGAAGCACAUCUUAUGAUACAGCUGCAUCAGUGUCCUUUGUGUGAAUAUGGCGCGCCAGAGUCUCGUCUAGUGAAGAGACAUCUGAAGAACAGUCACGAUGAGCUGGAAAUGGAACCGAUUGCAAAUGUAGUCGUACGACGUGCGGAUUUUUCUGCACUGCAUGAUAAAUGCUUUCCAGGGCGGCCAAAACGUCUUUCGAACAUCACCAUUUCUGAUGACGGACGGAGAACGAAAUGUAAGCUUUGUCUGUCAACCAUCAGUCGCAAGCGACGUCUGACUCAUACACUAGAAAAGCAUAUGAACAUGCCGUCGUAUGGAUGCUCUGCUUGUCAAUUUACCCAUAAUUGGGACGAAUCGGCUGUGACGAGCCAUAUAAGAACAGCUCAUGCCAAGUCGUCGAAUGCGAAGGUCCUUUGUUUGCUUUCGCAAUUCGAAGCUGAACUUCGCGAGCGAGGGCAGCAGUGUUUUCCAGACUGGAGUAUAGAAGCCAGUCAUUUUGAAUAGGAGAAAUUACUAGCUAUUGGUAGUUAGAUUGAGCUGAUCGAUCAAUAUAUCGAUCCCCUACAUGUUUGCUUUAUGCCAUGCUUUAUGAUCCCGUUGAUCCAUGUAUCCGGUCUUAAUAUGAAACGUUCAAUCAAUAGUCAGAUAUUUACAUGACAUCUGUUAAUUGUUUAUUGUUAUGCUUGUAUGUAUUCAUGUUUGCUUUCCACAUCAGCGAG